AUGCCUAGCAUCUGGGAUCCUAGAAGAGCCUUCGAUCUCUACCCGGAUGAACCUGGCUUCACUUGCUGCGGCAUGGCUCUAAAGGGCCUGCGUUGUGGGCAAUCUUUCAUUGCGAAUAGGGACAAAGUGGAGGCCGCCAGUAUCUUGGAAGAUCUAAUUACUAACGACAAUAUCUUCACCAGUCCUCGCGCGUUGCUACCCGACCUGAAAAGGCUUGCAGAGUUUACUUUGUGUCCACGAUGGCAUCGAACAGGACAUAGGUCCCAAGGUGAGAACGUUGCUGCAAAGUGGCUAUCGAUCAUCCAAACCCUGGACCCUGAAAGGCAGUCGAGCCACUCAACAAGAACACGCAGACAAACCCUUUCGACACCGGCCACAAUAACCGUCAACCCAUCUGUCUUCACUAUUACACGGCGUCGUAACCAGCCCACAAGACCUAUCUUGCUCCCGACUUCCUCUCGUUCUACAUCAAAUCACUCCCGAGCAGUAUCUUCGUUGCCGACCCCACCAGCAACACCACCCCAGACAUCUCGGUCGAGUUCUGGACCAAAUUUUGUUAUCCAUUUUUCUGCGAACAGUAACGACGCUGGUAAUAUGCCUCGUGUCACGCUCUCCACCGCAAGCAGAGAAAAUUCCACCACGCAAGGUUCGCAGGACCUUCGCAAUGGCUCAUCGCCAUACGACACUACUACAUCUUCGUCAUCUGCACGACAUCGAACACCUGUCAGUGUAAUAAAUGCAUUCGCAUCCCGUCAGCGAACUAGAUCCUCGCUCGUAGAUCCGCCACGAAGCUUGUCCGUUUCCAGUCGUGGACAUUCUACACCAAGACCUGGCUCUAUCACUGCGUCGACGUCAACGUCAACACCAGAGGUUGGAAACGGCGGAGCGGUAGGCAGCGAAGCAGAAGAAGAGAUAAAUGAUGGAACGAAUUCAGCUAGUCCAUCUUCUCCUCCUCGAUCAUCACGACACCAAUCUACCCCACGACCAUUCCCGACAAACAGCUCCAGUAGCAGACCUCCCGUUCCACCACCCUCUAUAUCCCACCCCACUCGUCGACAACAGACUGAAGCGUCUCGAAAACCUCUUCCGGAAACUUGUCUAGUCUGUCUGCUAGAAAUUGCAUCCCUUUCUGAUGCAGUGUGGUGCAAAGCAGUUUGCGGGCAAAAUGUUUGCAAAGAUUGUUGGGAGAGAUGGACAGGAGCGAGUGAGAACAGAGAUAGCCAACUUAAGUGUAUUUUCUGUCGAGCAAUUUGGGAAGAGUAG